AUGAAGACAUCAAUAAAAGUGAAGCAGUUAUGUCAGCAAGUUGCAAAGUCACUUUUGGGAGAAGAAAUUGAUUACGAAAAAGUAAAGAAGCUUGCUUCCGAUUCAAAAUUUGAAGUGGGUGACGUGAAGGCAUGUGUUGCGGCCGUGGCGUUUGUGCUGAGCUCGUCUGCAAGGCAUGGGGUGGACGAAGAGGCGCUGGGCAGCGAGUUGCAGCAGCUUGGUCUGCCCCGCGAACACAGCAUGGCCAUCUGUCGAGUGUACCGCGACCAUGUCGCAAGCAUCACUGCCCACCUCCAGAGCAGCACACUGCGAUGUUAGGGAAAUAAGCACGUGCAGUGGCGAGUGGAUGUUGCGUCGGAGUGCAGUGUUCCUAAGGAAUCGGAGGUCAGAAUGCAUCCAGAGGUACAGCUGUCCUUAGAUGUACGUGACACUGUGGCUGACAAGUCAGUGAAUCACAGACUGGUUCUCUCCGCAGAGCAGUUAACUAUGCUCAUCUCAGAUUUGAAGAGAAUUUCUAGCCAAAUGGACUCUUUGCAAUAAGAAACUUCUUUGUCUCUUCAGAUUCAGAAUUAGACUUGAAGAGAUUGCAUUGAGAUGCAAUAAAAUGAGUCCCUUUUAGCACAAGUGAUUUAACUCAGUGGAGUUAAUCAACUAGGUUGAUUUCAUUGUUCAGCAAGUGGCAUUCUGUGUCUAUCUUACAUUAGUGGCACUGCGACUAGCUACUGUGUGACAGUGCUAGUGGCAUUGCCACUAGCGUAAGAUAGGCAUUGAAUGCUACUUGCUGAACAUAAUAUCAACUUAAGAGGAAAAUGAAGUUGCAUCAUUUGAGCUUUAAGUGGUUCAUAUAUUCGAGAAUGAAUUUUUUCUGUGAUUUAUUUUAUAUUCAAGAUACAAUUAAAUAGAUGUUAGAAAUAUAUUUGUAUAGCUACAUGGUAUGACUCCCAAAUAGGAAGUGGCUUGCUGUCAGUACUGAAGUUCUCAAUUUGUUACUAGUAAAUGUUCUAAUGCCUAAUAAUGGGAUAAUGGCUGGUAUUACUCUGUAAAAGAUAUUUGAGAUAUAUCUUUGAUAAAGAACUUUGUGAAAGUUCUUUGAACUUCGACAAAGGAAUCCUUGACAAAGAAAUUUGACGAAUGUAUUACAUUUUGUCCAAUAUUUUGUGUAGUUUUGCUUGCAAUUGAAGAUGGAUGACUCACAAUUAGUUGUAUUUGUGCCACUUUAUACUUAAUAAUAACUAAUGUAUGUUUAAUCAACACCACCUAGAUAGCGUUGGUUUAAUGCUGAAGAAGUAAAAGGUAAAAAGGAGGCAUUUGAGGGUAAGGCCGUGGGUUGCAGCAUAAAUUAAAGAGCUUAGAAAUGAAAAAUUUGACGAUGGAUGAGGAAAUAUACAAUUUCUAUUGUCAUUCAUCUUCUUUUUUUUGAAAUUGGAACCUCUGAUUUUGAAGUUAAAAGAAUUAACUUCAUGAAUUGGGCAUUUUCCAAAUUUCAUAUUAUUCACUUCUCGGGAAAAAGUUUUAUACGUCUCAAGUCGUUUGGUUUUAUUUUUGUAGUCUGAAUGAACAGUAUUAUAUUAACAUUCUAAUUGCUCAUGCUCUGCAAUUAGAACUUUGGUUGAAGCAAUACCCCACUUAUACCUAUUGGAUGCCAUGUUACCAAAUGUAUGAUAAAGCUUGGACGCUUGAGGCUACAUUUUAUCACAGAAAUUUUAUAAAAGAAACUUUUAUAAAACAUUAACUUUUACACUGACAUAUGUUCCCUUAUAAAAGAUCUUUGACAAAGAUCUUUUACAGUGUAAUACCCACCAAUGCAUAUUAUCUAGGCUGAACCCACAUGGAUUUCCUACUUCAUAAAUCAAAUGUACCCCAAUGAUAUUUCUGAAUGAAAAGAGAGAUAUUUAAGUUGUUAAGUCACAUGUUAGUAGCCAACCCAGAAAUUUUCCAAAUCGAGAGGAAAAAGCUCUUUUUUAUAUUGUAUAUUUUUGCUUGUAUUAUUAUAAAUUUUGUGAUAUAAUAAAUGAAAUAUAAAUUUAGAAAGUUCUGUUGUAAAAAUGUUGUUUAAUGUGGUAGCUUCUGGUACUCUUCCUAUUCAGAAUGUCGUUGCAUCCGCAAGAGAAGGAAAUGCCCUUCCUUCCGCAGGCGUGCUUAGAAAAGUUUUGAAGAACAAAAAACUUAAAAUUGCUUUGUGGAUUUCCAGUGGGGGAACGAGGGACAUGCGGUGAACAUAAAUGAAUGUGUGAAGAAAUGGCGGCCGGCGGGUUGUAAAUUAAGGUCACGUAUGUGUCAC